AUUGGGAAGAAUGGGGUCAGUGGACUAAAUGUUUGAGUACAAAUUGCUCGAAAGGUACAACAUUAAGAAUUCGCAAUUGCAAAAUCCAAAACUGUAAUGGUGCUGAAUUCGAAGAAAAAGAUUGCUAUCUCAAAGAUUGUCCAAUUAAUGGCGCCUGGGGAGCCUGGGAUGGCUGGUCUGUCUGUGACUGUAGAGGAUUUCGUGGGCGAUAUCGCCAUUGUGCCAGCCCGCCUCCCACAAACGGUGGACAGGAUUGUCAGGAUUUAUCAUACGAAGUGGAAAUGUGCAAAAAGACAAGCAAUUGUUCAGUUGACGGUAGCUGGGGAGGUUGGGAGGGCUGGUCUGUCUGCUACUGUAACGGAUUACGUCCGCGAUAUCGCAAGUGUGACAGCCCGCCCCCCUUGGAUGGCGGAAAGUAUUGCAACGGUUGGAAUUUAGAUGUGGAUAAAUGCAACCGAACAAGCAAUACUAACUGCCCAGUUAAUGGAGAUUGGACUAACUGGUCAGCGUGGUCCACUUGCUCCGUAAGCUGCGAGAAUGGAACUCAAACUCGAGACCGGAACUGUACUAAUCCAUCUCCAGCUUAUGGAGGACGAGAUUGUGGAACAGAUGAUAGCGCGUUUCGGAAUUGCAGUACCUCGAUAUCUUGUCCAGUUGCUGGCGGUUGGUCCACGUGGAAAGACUGGUCGAGCUGCUCUGCCACGUGUCAGGUGACGGGUCUGCAGUACCGUAACAGAUCAUGUGACAGUCCCCCUCCUGGCAUCGGUGGAAAAAACUGUACUGGCGAUAUAGGAGACACAAGAAACUGCAGUGGAUCAGGUGCCUGUCCUGUUUCUGGUGGUUGGUCCACGUGGAGUAACUGGUCUAUCUGCUCCGCCACGUGUCAGGCGACGGGUCUGCAGUAUCGUAACAGAUCAUGUGACAAUCCACCUCCUGACAACGGGGGACAAAAUUGCACUGGCGAUGUAGAAGACAUAAGGAACUGCAAUGGCAUAGGACCUUGUCCCGUCGAUGGCGGCUACUCUAACUGGCUGCAGUGGUCCGAUUGCUCUGCCACGUGCGAAGGAGGAGUCAGAUAUCGUUCUCGUGAAUGUAAUGACCCACGUCCCCAGAACGGAGGUAGCGAUUGCAGUGUCCUCGGAGAGAGCACUGAUAAGCCAAUGGUCUGCAAUAUACAACCGUGUCCUGUUGACGGGCACUGGGAAUUGUGGUCGAAAUGGAGUAGUUGCGACGUGACCUGUGGUAACGGCACGAAGACCAGAGACAGACUGUGCGUGGGGAUUAAAAACGAUGGAAAGAACUGCUCUGGACAUGCGCUUCAAACUGGAGCUUGCCAUGGAGUAGUCUGUCCAGUAAAUGGCGUAUGGGGACAGUGGGCAGACUGGUCAGUUUGCAACUGCAACAGCACACAGACACGUGUCCGGAAGUGUGACAGUCCAGCACCGGUAGGGUCAGGUCAGCAGUGUCAAGGAUCAACACGGGAUACUGUGAGCUGUUCAGACAAACCAACAACGUGCCCUGUGGAUGGCCGUUGGGGAAGCUGGUAUCCGUGGGUUGUAUGCUCUACGACCUGUGGCCCUGGUGAAAUGGUACGGGUAAGAUCUUGCAACAACCCGCGACCACAAAAUGGAGGUCUGUACUGUGAUAGUGACGAGAAGGGUGAAGAUGAGCGUAAGGGGUGUCAAGGUCCACCAUGUCAAAUUGACGGAAGCUGGUCAGACUGGACUACAUGGUCCGCGUGCAGUGUCACGUGUGGGAAUGAUUCCCAUUUCAGGAACAGGUCAUGUGACCACCCUGCACCCGCCUACGGUGGAGUGAACUGUGCUGGCAGUGACAAUGAAAAUGGGAGCUGCACACAGAAACAUUGUCCAAUUGACGGUAUGUGGGGGAGUUGGCAGUCCUGGACGUCGUGUUCCGUAACGUGUCUAAAUGGUACCCGGUUUCGUACCCGCCCCUGUGACUCCCCGGCACCACAACAUGGAGGCAGCUACUGUACAGGACAACAGAACGGCACUGAGACGUGUGUACCGCGUGGAAACUGCGAUGUUGAUGGCGGUUGGACAGAGUGGGGCCGUUGGAGUGUAUGUGAUGUUUCGUGUGGAACCGGACACCACAUCAGGUACAGACUAUGUGAAAAUCCGACGCCAGAAAACUUUGGCAAGUACUGUGAAGGACCUGAAGACGAAGUGGGCAAAUGCUUCGACAAGCCUUGUCCAAUUGACGGUGGGUUCGGUGCCUGGAUGGCGUGGGGUUCGUGUUUUCCUUCCACUGGAAACGGACUUAAGACGCGCACACGUCUCUGUAACAACCCACAACCAUUGUAUGGAGGCCGAAACUGUCAGGGAAAUUACACACAACAGCUCCAGUGUUGUGACAGCGACUGUCCAGAUCAAAUCACUUGUACGUUCGAUGCGCCGUUAAAUUGUUCUUGGCAUAACGUUGACUUGUUUGACAAUAUGGACUGGAUUGUGUUCAAUGGCUCGACGAACACUGACGACACGGGGCCUAGCUCGGAUCAUACGUUUGGUAACAGUACUGGCAGAUACAUAUACCUCGAGUCUAGCGCUCCAAGCAAGGAAUGUGACAAAGCCUGGUAUCAGAGUGGCAUCAUACAGCCCGGUUUUAAAGCUCCUGUCUGUGUUCAAUUCUGGUAUCACAUGUAUGGUGCUGAUAUCGGUAGUCUCAACAUUUAUAUGGCUACUGGUUCCGAGCUCCCAGGGAAACUGCUGUGGACUGUAAGUGGGAACCAAGGAGAUGUCUGGAAGUCUGGACAUGUACCUUUGAGCUAUACUUCAAAUAUUUCGAUUAUAGCAGAAGCUACUGUUUGGAACGGUUACCAUGGCGAUAUUGGACUUGACGACCUGCUAUUCACACAGUCGACAUGCUCUCUGUACCCCAGCAUGCCUAACACACAGUCGGCUGCUACAUGUCCGACCACGACAACUAGCCCAGGACAUUGGUCUUCCUGGUUUAAUGGCCAGUGUUCUGUGACAUGCGGGAACGGAACUUUUACACGAAUGCGUCACUGCUCCUCGGGUCACACCGAAGAUUGUGCGGGAACCAGUAGCGAAGUAAUAGGCUGCCAAAAACUUCCAUGUGGAGAUUGGUCACCCUGGUUCAACGGCAAGUGUUCAGUGACAUGUGGAAACGGAACUGAAAUCCGUGUACGUAACUGCUCCACGGGUCACAAAGAUGAUUGUGCAGGCAAUAGCAGCGAAGUGGUGGGCUGUCAAAUGGCACCAUGCGAAGUCAAUGGUUCCUGGUCUUCGUGGUCAACAUGGUCGCAAUGUGACGUCACAUGUGAAGACGGUCACAUACAACGAACAAGGACGUGUACCAAUCCAGCUCCCGCCUUCGGAGGCCUGAACUGUUCUGGAGAGAGUCUGGAAACAAGCGCGUGCAAGCUUGCAAAAUGUCCAAGUUGGAGCGAAUGGUUCCUCGGCGACUGCUCGGUGACGUGUGGUGACGGCACCCUGUCGCGUAUGAGGAUGUGUUCUUCCGGGCACGACGAAGACUGUCCGGGGUCUGCCUUUGACACCGUGUCUUGCUCGCAGGCGCAAUGUUGACGAUGUUGGGCUCACCGCAACAAAUUACGAAGGCUUAAUGCGACUAAAUGUUCCGAUUGGAAAUGUAUUACUGAGAAAAAUAUAAAUAAAAACAUGAGUAUUGCCA